GCUGACCUGCUCCCAGACACUAGGCGGCAGUGGAGCGCAUGCGUGGUCAUCACACGUUAAACCUGGGGGAGGAAGAAAUUCGAGCCAACUGUAGUUAGUUCCGGGGUGAAGCUAAGAGGGAGAAGACCCAGGACACCUUCAGUCAUGUUGCUGCGAAGGGUGCUGAACAUGGCGGGCUCCACGCUGAAGCACAGCCGCUCCGUUCACCACAGUCCGGUGUGGAGGAGUCCUCUCAUACCCAUAGUGGUGGAGCAGACGGGGCGAGGAGAACGAGCAUAUGAUAUUUACUCUCGCCUGCUGAGAGAGAGAAUAGUCUGUGUGAUGGGUCCUAUCGAUGACUCUGUAGCCAGUCUGGUGAUUGCUCAGCUGCUCUUCCUUCAGUCAGAGAGCAACAACAAGCCCAUCCACAUGUACAUCAACAGUCCUGGUGGAGUGGUGACGGCAGGCCUGGCCAUUUAUGACACAAUGCAGUACAUCCUUAAUCCCAUCUCCACCUGGUGUGUUGGACAGGCUGCUAGCAUGGGCAGCUUGCUCCUAGCAGCCGGUACGACUGGCAUGAGGCAUUCCCUACCCAACGCUCGCAUCAUGGUGCACCAGCCUUCAGGUGGAGCCAGAGGUCAAGCCACGGACAUCGCCAUCCAGGCCGAGGAGAUUCUGAAGCUGAAGAGACAGAUCAACAGCAUCUAUGCCAAACACACGGGGCAGCUGCUGGAAACCAUCGAGAGUGUGAUGGAAAGGGAUCGCUACAUGAGCCCUAUGGAGGCUCAGGACUUUGGCCUGAUUGACCGGGUCCUGGUCCACCCCCCACAGGCAGGCCAGGAUGAGCCAGAGCUGGUGCAGAAACAGCCAGCUGCAGCGACUAUUUCCCCCCCACAGCCGGAGUCUGCAGCCCCAGCCCCCCCCGAAACCAGCCCCCCCUCAUCACACAAACCAGAACCAUGAACGCCACAGCAGCGGGUCUGGGAUCAGCGCUGGAGGUCUCCACCCCUGAGCGUGAGACUCGGGCUCCUUCUCCUGUAGACCAACCGCAACGGAAGGGAAGCUCCUCUCGCAGCUGUUGGAGGACCUUUCACCUUAUUACAUCUUCUAUGACAGUCCAGAAAAAGGUUCUGACUGAAGACAUUUCAUAACCCUAACCAUGUUGGUUUCAGCCCUCUGCAGGAAAGAUCCACACAGGAGCAAGCAGCUUUGUUUAGAUUUGUAAUAAAUGAUGAGUCAUG